GUCAGCGAACAGCUGGACUGCUCUGGUUACAUGUGUGUAACCUUGAAAAAAACCCAUCCCGGCUGCCUUACUCAGCAGAUUAUAAAAGAGUGAUUUCCAAAAUGCGUCUGGCUUCCAGAUCAGCCCGUGCCGUGCUGUUGAUGUGACCGAAGGUCUCAGCUGAUCCCUUCCUUUCUUGUGCAGCCAAGAGGUUUGCAGCAGCAGCAGCAGCCACGGCCAGUACAAUACUUAAGAAGGUUCCUAAAAGGAUGGCAUCCCUCUUGGAGUUGAAAGAGAUCUUCCGCAGCGCCGACGCAGUGUGCUUUGACGUGGACAGUACAGUCAUCAGGGAAGAAGGCAUCGAUGAGCUGGCCAAGUUCUGUGGAGUUGGAGAUGCUGUGGCAGAGAUGACCCGCAGAGCCAUGGGUGGCAGUGUGACGUUCAAAGCAGCUUUAACAGCACGACUAGGUCUGAUACGGCCCUCCUACGAGCAAGUGCAGAAACUCAUCUCUGACAACCCACCUGAGCUGACACCAGGAAUAAGGGAGCUGGUGAGCAGGCUUCACCAACGAGGGGUCCAGGUCUUCUUGGUCUCUGGGGGGUUUCAGAGCAUUGUGGAACACGUGGCCUCACAGCUGAACAUUCCAACAGCAAAUGUCUUUGCCAACAGGCUGAAGUUUUACUUUAAUGGAGAAUAUGCAGGGUUUGAUGAAACACAACCAACAUCUGAAUCAGGGGGGAAAGGAAAGGUUAUUACACAUUUGAAGGAACAGUUCCACUUCAAGAAAGUAGUUAUGAUUGGAGAUGGAGCUACAGACAUGGAGGCCUGUCCCCCAGGUGACUGCUUCAUUGGAUUUGGAGGAAAUGUAAUCAGAAAGCAAGUAAAGGAGAAAGCCAAAUGGUACAUUACUCACUUUGACGAACUGCUAAAGGAGCUGGAAGAACGAUAAAUUAUACACUAAAGUAACAUAUUUAACACCUGUAAAUCCAUUAUACAUUGCAAUUAAACAUAUAUUUGUUUGCAAA